AAGCAUGGACGACAUGAUGGCUUCUCGAUGAAAAGUUGGAACAGUAACUUAAGUCGAGGGUAUUUUUAUGAAACACUCAGGGGUAUAUUCUGAAGGUUGUGGUGUCAAACUCGCGUUUCAUUCACGCUAACUUGACCGCGUGCUCCUCGGACGUGCAACGGAAACUAACCGUGAGCCGUCCCGCGUAGCUCGCGUGGUUUACUUGUUAGACCGUGGAGACCGUGAUGGAUUUUCCUUGCGUUCAGUGGCAAGAUCAUGUGGCACAGAAAUGGAUUGGACUCGACCCCCAGCUAAAAGAAACCCUAACGUCCCAGCUUGAAAUUGAUGAUCUUUUCAAAUGUACUCUUACUCUGACAACCCAAGAUGACCUGGAAUUCGUGCAGUCGAUUUCACCGGGAUACUCCGUCCAAAAGGACGCAGAGCUGGCAGCCAGAUGCAGGGAGAGGGGCAACUCCAGCUUCAAGACCAGAGACUACGCUGCAGCCGCUCUGCACUAUUCACAGGGCAUAUGUUUUGCUCCUCCAGGUUCGGAUCAGGCGUCUCUGUGCUAUGCCAACCGCUCUGCUGCGCUCUACCAUCUCCAGCACUACCAGGAAUCCCUUGAUGACAUGGACUGUGCUGUAAAGAAUAGCUACCCCUCUCAUCUUUUACACAAACUAGAGGACCGUCGCACAUCAUGCCUCAAGCACCUCUCUGGAGGUCAAAGGGCAACAGAGGAUCACCACCAUCCUGCCUCGAAGAAUCCAAACGCUCCAGACAGAGUGGAGGGGGCAUCCGUUGGACUUCUCACAUUUGGGAUUCAUCCUCAAGCUGCUGUUGGCUUCAGUCCUGAGAAAGGUCGACACCUUGUGGCUGCAGGGGGAGUAGCAGCUGGGGAGGUGCUCCUUCAUGACAGGCCGUACGGCUGUGUCCUCAUACCAGGAACGGAGGAAGUGAGAGGGAAGGGAGGAGGAAGGCGGCACGCGGAGGCAGCGGUGUUGUUUGGAACGGAGCACAGGCGCUGUCACAGGUGUUUGAGUGAAACGCUGUGUCCCGUGCCGUGUGAGGGGUGUAGCUACAGCCGCUACUGUUCCAUUCCCUGCCAGCGAGACGCCUGGGAGGAGCACCACCGCUGGGAAUGUCCGCUGGGAGCGGAUCUGAAGAUGAUGGGUGUGAUGUCACAGCUCGCUCUGAGGGUAGCUCUAAAGGCGGGGUUGGAAAACAUCAAAAUUGCUCGGGUUUCGACCAGAGACGAGCACGCAGACGAGUCCAGCGGUUCCGACCCGUGCCACUCGAAUCCAUCCGACCCGUGCACCUCAUACCACGGGGACUCUUACCCGAGCGUGUUUCACCUGCAGCACCACCUCAAGCUCCAUAGCCCUGAAGUGCGUUUCCUCUGUGCGGUUACCAUAGCGACGCUUUUCCUAAAGAUGAGUAAAGCAGGAGCCCCGCCGGCCUCUGGGGCCCUCAGUAGGCUCUUAGGGGCGGACAGCCGAUCACCAGAGGAGGAGGGAAACACAACGAACAUGUGGCUGCUGGGAAGUGCAGUUCUGAGGCACGUCCUGCAGCUGAGGUGUAACGCCCAGGCCAUCCUCACGCUGCAAGACACAGGAGCUGCAAAUGCACCGGUUCAGUCCCACAGUGAAAUCCGCAUUGCUACGGCAAUAUUCCCAACUCUUAGCCUUCUGAAUCACUCCUGCUGUCCCAACACCAGCCUGCGGUUCAGCACUGGAGCCAUUCUGUCCGCAGACGGCAGUGGGAGUGUGACUGAGUAUGCAAGCACAGCCCGGGGAGUCACGGUGACUGUCCGAGCAUCCAAAGCCAUCCCUCCAGGACAAGAGAUCCUGCACUGCUAUGGUCCUCACAGCAGUCGGAUGGCAACCCGAGAACGGCAGCGUCUCCUGCAGGAACAGUACUAUUUCCUGUGUCAGUGUGAGGCCUGCACCCAGGAGCAGGAGAAGAAGAAGGAGGAGGCGGAGGCGGAGGGAUCAGAGUCCAGACUGCAGUGGUCGGGUGUUGGAGGUGGACUCAUGUGUGGGAAGUGCCAAGGAUCUCUCAAUCAAAGCAGCGAGGAAGGAGCAAAAGGAUUUGUAUGUUUGCAGUCAUCCUGUGGCCACCGCGUGUCUGCAUCUGAAGUGAGCCGCAGGCUGCAGGGCAUCAAGGCGGACCUGGAGAAGGCUGUUGACCUCAUGGAAAGAGAGAGGCCAGACGAGGCCCUGAGACUGUUGAGAAGGACCCAGAGUCAGCCUGGACUGAUCCUUGCAGAGACUCACCCAGUACAGGGGGAGCUGGCAGAUGCAAUAGCCAGGGCCUACGCUACAAUGGGUGACUGGAAUAAUGCAGCGUCCCAUCUGGAGAGAAGUGCUGUUGCUAUUGGCGCCCAGUACGGGGAAGACAGCAUUGAAUUGGGUCGACAACUCUUCAAAUUGGCUCAGCUACACUUCAACGGCGGUGCCAGAGGCCCGGCCCUCUCUGUCAUCCCCAAGGUCAGGCGACUCUUCUGCCUUCACGGUGGCCCUCUCUGUGACGAAAUACAGGAGCUGCAAGCGAUGGAGGACUGUCUCUUUUAAAGAAAGGAACCUGCACGUCUGCACAACCCCCAAACCAACACGAGAACACGUGGAGUUAAUUCUGGCUUCCUGACCUCUGCGUGUCUGAGUGUAUCCAUCAAUAAUUUCAAUUUCAUGCUUCAGCGCUUGCCCUGAAUUGUGAGGCCCGUUUUCCGCCACGUACUUCCUGGUUAAAUUUACCUCUGAAUAUGAUUGAAGUCAAUGUGUCAUUUUUGUGUUGGUGGGCAUUUGGCUUGAAGCCAGUCAAAGGUCAUUCUUGGUUUGUACUCGAGCAGUUAAAUUAAUUUGGAAAAUGUGCAAAUACCUGCAGCUACCUCAUAUACAUAGGUAGCCCUUUGACCUUUAGGUGGCAGCAGUUAUCCACCCAAAAAUUCAAUUUCAUGCUUCGGCAACUGGAAAGCAAAAUGUUGCUCUUACGUUUAUACCUUCAACUGGGAAGGUUUUAUGACUUAUCUUUAUGUCAUUAAAUCUGCAUUAUCUUUGUCUUUGUUGCCUCUCCCCUUGAAAUCUAUAAGUAAAUUACUUAAAGUAACCUUGUAGCUGGUGGACGUAACAAAAAAUGAGUGAAAGCUCAGGUUGAGAGAAUAAAAUCACAGCUGGACCUCCAGAUGUAUCUGCCAGUUUGACAUCGACAAUAUCUGGAAAGCAGCCCAUCUGACACGUGGUAGAAAGUCAAGGUCAAGAAGAAAAAACUUGUGCGAGAGGCACCUUGUGAAAUCAGCUGAGAAUUCCUGUAUCCUCCUUCCUCACAAGGGCGGGUAAUGUGGCUGAUGCUCACGUGAAAAUUAAAAUCCCCGUCAAUCUCGUACACAAUCAACGUUAUUACCGACUAUUAUGGA